UCGCAUUAUUAUUGUUUGAUGAUGAAGUGAUUGUCAGCGAAUUGGAGGAUGUUGAAGAGUCUGAUUUCGUUGAUAGUAAAUAUUCUUGUACAUGUUCAAAAAGUUCCGAAAGUAAUAAUUCGUCUGAUGCGAUUAAUAAGUCUAGAAUAUCUGUAUUGUCAUGA